GUUGUCACUUUAAUAACAUAGGUUGUCACUACCUAUACAUAUAUCUUUCGAAUCCCCAUCGUUUCCGAUUGUUGUCAAAAAUUAAGACCAUAGCUCGCCAAGAUGGAUGUAAACUCAUAAAUAAAGAGUCGAUACCCCCUCCCCCUUAUGCCCAGCGUUAAAUCCACCUCCCGGAUACCAGUGUCUCGAGUAUGGACCCGCUUACGGCAUUUGGGUUCUCGGCAAGCAUCGUACAAUUCGUUGGGUUCGCUUCAGGCUUGAUUUCAAAAUCAAGAGAAAUCUAUAGUUCGUCAAAGGGCUGCACCGGUGAGGUUGAGACACUAGAUACUGUCUACGAACAGCUUCGAAACUUGAGCUCAAGUCUCGAAACAUCUUUCCAAAGGGGUCUCCUAAUUGAGGAGGUAAAGGAAAGGGAGAUUGUACAACAUGUCUUGGCAAUUGGCGACUUGGCUGGUACGUGUAAGUUGUAUUGCGACAGACUCUUGGAGACCGUGAGAGAGCUCAAAGGCAAAAAUGGAACGCACACACGAUGGAAGAGCUUUAAACUUGCUUUAAAGACCGUUUGGAAGGAGAAUAAGAUCGCCGACCUGGAGCAAAGCCUGCAUCAUACCCAGACAACUCUAAUACUUCAUAUUUGCGCAAUGACAAGUUACUGGCAAGGAGUUCAUCAACGCCAACUAGAUAGCCUACGUACAGAGAAUUAUCGUAUGCGCUCGGAACAGUCUUCGAGACUUUCCGAUAUUUCAAAGGUAAUUAUUGAGCUACGUACGAGGGGUAUAAAGUCGGAACAUUACAAUAGCUUCUUCACGCUGAACGACAUUGCGUCGCUCCAAACUCGAAUAUCUAAAUUAUCUAUAUCACAGAAAGACGCUGCCAAGGAGCACAUGAUUAUAUCAAGCCUGAGCUUCGAUAGCCGGGCUACGCGACACUGUUCUAUAAAAGAAGCCCACAAAAAGACGUUAAGCUGGGUGUUUGAAGAUACGCAAGCAAGAAGUUCUCGAUUGGGAUCCGCCUCAGGUAACUUAAUACGAUGGCUCAAGAAUCCGGACGGCAUCUUUUGGAUUUCUGGAAAGCCGGGUUCCGGGAAAACGACUCUUAUGAAAUAUAUAUCCGACCAUCCCACUACUAUUGAGACCUUGUCCCAAUGGGCAUAUCCCGAUCCUAUUAUCGUAGCUUGUCACUACUUCUGGAGCGCCGGCACUUCAAUGCAGAAGUCUUACCAGGGGCUACUUCAAACAUUACUAUACGAUAUAUUCCGCCAGCUCCCAGAUCUUAUCGAGACUACUUGUACUGAAAGAUGGUCUAAGUCGGCGGAAGCAACGAACCACGAGCUAUGGACCAUACCAGAGCUUAGUCGAGUUCUUCAACGGGUUACCAACCGAAACGAUCUUGGUGUGAAAUUUUGUUUUUUCGUGGAUGGGCUAGAUGAGUAUGAGGGCGAUCAUCUCGACUUUUGUCAAAUGUUGCGAGAGCUCUCUAAGUCACCCUAUGUAAAGCUAUGUGUGUCUAGCCGGCCUUGGAAUAUAUUCGAAGAUUCAUUUGGCCGAGACGAAACUCGCAAGCUUUAUAUGCACGACUUCACAAGGCCCGACAUUAGAUCGUAUGUUGAAAGUCGUUUGCAAGAACACCCUAGGUGGGAAGAAGUCGACGCAGAGGCUGAAGAUACCCAUUGGCUAAUCGAAGAAAUUACGGAACGAGCAGCCGGCGUGUUCUUAUGGGUAUUCCUAGUUACGAGGGAAUUGCGGAACGGUCUUACUGAGUAUGAUAGUUUCUCAGAUAUGCGAAGGCGACUUAACAAUAUCCCAUCGGACUUAGAAGCCUUCUUCAAGCAGAUUCUUGAUUCGGUAGAGCCUUUCUAUCACCAGAAACUAGCAACAACUUUGCGGAUAGCUCUGACGAAGGGAUCGUCUGCUUCAUUCCUCAUCUACAGCUUCCACGAUGACGAAGACGAGGACCCAGAUUAUGCACUGAAGGUCCCAAUAGAGCCCCUAAGCGCACAAAAGAUUGAAAAUAGGAAGAAACAAAUGUCUCGUCGUCUUAAGGGAAGAUGUCGUGGCCUCCUGGAACUCGAUCCGAAUAGCGGCCAUGUCGAAUUCUUGCACCGGACAGUGAUGGAUUAUCUCCGCACUCAGAGCAUAUCUAUGUAUCUCGAGUCAAAGUCACCCUCUGGAUUCAAUCCUUCCCUUUCCCUCUUGAAAGCCUUAGUGGCUUAUAUUAAAGGCACUAAAUUUCCCGAGUCCAUUGAUCGCAAAGAAUUCACCAUUUAUACCCCCCCUAUGCUGUUGUUUACACUGAAUGAAGCUCUUGCGCACGCGAAGCAGGUUGGGAAGAGCGCAUUCAAGUACAUCGAGGAGUUGGAAAAUUGUAUCAUAGGUAUGCACCAAAAGGGCCAAGCUAAAUUCAAUGUAUGGGGUCGUUCAUCCAGCCAAGUUCACUCAUUCUUCCGUGAACCAGCAGUUGAGGUUGGACUAGACGAAUAUCUUUGUUAUAUUCUAUCAAAAACCCCUGACUACUUCAUAGACUUCCGAGGGUCAGAUAUGGAACGUGUUAGCUUCCUCGCAUUGUCCUCAGCUCUAAAGCCACGGUGGGAUGAACUCGGAGGCACAUUUCUUUCCCAGCAAGCCCGCCGUACGAAUACUAUUCACUACUUUAGAGAGUUGGCGAAAGUGCCAAGAGCAUGGGUAAUUCUCUUAGAGCAUGCUCUGCCAUCAAACCCGACUCCUGACUCAGAUAGCAGCCAGCUUGCAUGGCAUCUCCAAAGCGGAUCGAUUUCUAUGAUGCUAAAGCAAGGAGCAGACCCAAACGCCAAAACUUACCACCAAACAUCUCCAGGAUAUACAGUGGCUUGGCUACGAUUCGCUGUUGCCUCUUUCAGCAUUUCUACUGGUUCAUUCCACCAAGCCAAAUUUAUUCACGUUUUGAACAGCUUUAUCAAUACAGGCGCCAACAUGCGAGCUCUUGUGUCAAAUCCUUUGGGCGAGGAGGAAUCAUCAUCGAUCCCCGGUCUGGAUGCGUUCUUCAACAUCCUUCUACGCAGAACAAGCGGCUUUGAUCAUUUCAACAUCGAGCUCCUCGCUAUAGUUGCCGAGACACUUAUGUCUAGAGCAAGAGCUACAGGAAUGGAAAUUGAGAAUCACUGGUGCAUCACAGAGAAAGCGUUCCCGCUCGAGAUUGUCUCGCGUAUUAGGAAAGCUUUCGCUAGUCCCGAGCCAUGAAAAACGACUCUUCUAAUGAUAUCAACCUAAAUCAUCUGGCUGGCCUGAGAGCCGUUAUAAAGCCAUACUUGACCACAUAAGAUACUCCCCCAUACCUCCCUCGUAUUUAAGGAUAUACAACCCCCCCCAUUUGCUGUCCAUCUCAUUAAUUAUGAGAGAUUAUCAUGUAAGCAGAAACACUAUCCCCAGCCGAUCAUGUAGAUCAUUACCUCGGCUGGGGCACAUCGUGUCUUAUAGCCUU